AUGGCUAGCCUUAAUGUCCUUACCUUCGAUGAUGAGGGUCGAGCGGUCGAUUUUGAGGUCUCGGUCGAUGACCUGCAAAUAUUUCUGCAGAGCGAUAACGAAGACGGAGUCUCGCUUUUUGAUCUCGCGUCUGGCACCUCUGCUGCACCUGCUGCCAACGCUGACAGUGCUGUUCGCUCGCAGUGGACCACGCACGAUGCUGCUGCCCGUCUUGCUAUUCGCAGUCCCCUGCCGUCUGCUGAGCGCACGCACUUUAGCCAGUACAAGACCGCUAUGACUCUGUAUGACGCUAUUGUUGCGCGCUACUCCUCCCCUGCCACUGCUGCCCUUAGUCGCCUCAUGCUGCCGUACCUAUUCUCUGACCUAGCUGCUUUUGCCACAGUCGCUGACCUCAUUACGCACCUCCGCACUAGUGACACCCGCUACCGCGCUGCGCUUCCUGCCAAGUUCUGCGCCAAGAACCCCCCCCCCCCCCCUAUAUACAUCACUCUCUACUACCUCGUCACCCGGCUCCCUGACUCGCUUCGCUCGGUCAAAGACCACUUCCUCUCCCUUUGCCCCACCACGCUCACCGUUGACCUCCUCGAAGAGCGCCUCCUUGCAGCAGAGAAGAGUAUAGUUGCUGUAGGAGCCUCUCGUGGUGACUCUCGUGCCCCUUUCUUUGAGGGCACCGAGUCGGUUGGCGCUGCGUCUGCUCCCAGUGGGAGGCACCGCAGCGGCAGGAGCAAGAGGGGCAAGACUGCUGGAGGGGAUGGCGGGGGCGGCGGUGGUGGCGGUGGAGGCGGCGGAGGGGGUGGCGGUUUAGGUGGGGGUGGUGGCAGGAGUGGGGGCUUUGGUAGCGGUGGUGGAGGAGGAGGCGGCGCAGGCGGCGGCAGUGGGGGUGGAGGUGGCGGAGGCGGCGGCAGCGGUGGGGGUGGCGGCGGCGAUGGUGCUGGUUGGGGUGGCACUGGGCAGCGGGGAGGCUUUGGCAGUGGUCAGCGCCAGCAGCAGCAGCGCCCUCCUGAGACCCUGUCGCCCCAGCAGCUUCGUAAGUGGUAUGUGUUGGUGUAA